UCCAAGAGUUUUUAUAAUGUUAUCCUUAAAAUGAGUUUUCAACCUGAUGGAGCCAUUAUCGUCAUCGUCAAUCACUUUAAUUUAGAAAAGUGUUCUCAGUUGACUUAUUUUAGUUAAAAUCAAUUAAUUUGACCAUAGAUUAAGCAACAGUUAAUCCUCUUUACGUAAGAUACAAACAUAAAUUAAUCUGAGAUCAUCUACUAAACACUACAUUUACAUUUUUUAUCUGUUUCACUUGUAGUUUGUAACCAGAUAUUCAUUAAUUAGCAGAGAAAACGGAUCCCAUCAGCUCCACCUUCACGCCCUGAUCGGGUUUCUUGUGGGCGGUGACAGGACCGAGAUAAAAAGAGGCCGACGCAGAACCCAGAAUCAGAGCGAUCUUCAUCUCGAAGCAGAUCCACCAAUCCUGAAGGAUCACCUGAGACCCUCCAGAUCAGCAGCUGUCAUCUUUUUCACCAAAGCUCCAAACGGAAAAGAAGAUCUCGGAACGUCAAAGCUUUUGUCGCUGAUUGGAACUUUCUCCAAAAUGCUCCGCCCCUUCCUCUAUCUGUGCGCUAUUUCCGCCCUGUCAGGUGUCUAUGGAAACUGUGAUGGCAGCGGCAGCUGUCUCUGCACAGUGACUGGUCCCACCGUCAUUGACUUCAAGAGACAAAUGAACUCUGUGUCCGACCGGUGUGAGUACUCUCUGCUGCACGAUCAGUCUACUGGAUUCUCUCUGAAGGCCAACUUCCUGGAACGGCGUCGCAGAGAUGUGAGCUUUGUGGACAGUCUCACUCUGGACUUCAGUGACAGUGAAGACAUUCAGCUGCUGCAAGGACACAGAGUCACGGUAGCAGGAUCACCUGUGACCGUCAACAGUUCAGUCCAGACGUUUAGUGGAGUUGAUCUCUCCAAGGACCAGACUGGAGUCACUGCUAGUUUUUCAGUCAAUGGCUCCUCUGUGUCUGUGUUCUUUGAUGGAACCACAGCUCAGAUCUACAUGGCUGAUCCCGUCAAUUUUACCUAUGACGGUCUGUGCGUAGACUCCAACAAUGUAUCAUCUUUAAGGCUCUCCAGCGACACCAGCUGUCAGUUCAAGUAUCCAGACCCUGCUGACAACACCAUCAACUGCUCUGCUGUGGCUCAACAGUGUGACGUCCUGAAAUCUGCCCCGUUCUCCUCCUGUAACUCUAAAGUUGACCCUCAACCAUACAUAAAUGCCUGCAAUGAAACUCUGUGCAAAUAUCCUGAUGUGGACGGUCUCAGGUGUCAGUUCAUUCAGGCCUACGCCAAAGCCUGUGAGAAGAGUCAAGUCAACCUGCAGAGCUGGAUGACAGAAGCUCAGUGCCUUCAGCCUAAGCCGGUGUGCGGGGACAGAAUCUGCAACAGUCAUGAGUUCUGCGGAGAAAUCAACUACAACGGUGGUUGCCGUUGUAGAGAAAUUUUCGCCUUCGUGUACAGACAGUCAAACCUGUUAGGAGGCCCAACUGUUUGCAAGGACAACAACGCUUCCCUCUCUCUGGUGGGUUGUCUCCUGAAUGAAAAAAGCAUCGACUACACUCUCCUACACCUCAAUGACAAGAACUGCACAGGUGUGAUGGACCCGGACAGUCACAUGGUGACGUUUGGCUUCAACGGUGACAGCUGUGGGACUAAGGUUACGGAAACUAGCAACCAGAUAAUAUACAAGAAUGGCAUCAUGACCAGUAACGGCUCCUCUGAAGUCAUCACCCGUCAGGAUGAAAUUUACAUCGAGUUCUCCUGCAUCAACAAGAAGCCUGAAAUGCAGACGGUGGUUUUCAGGAUCCAAGGAAGCACUGUCGUCCAGUACAUCAAAUCUGAAGUCUGGAACUACAGCGUGACCAUGAAGGCCUUCACCGACGGCAGCCGCACUCAGGUUCUGACUCCAGACUCUGAGGUGAAGCUGAACCAGAGGAUCUGGGUGGAGCUGGAGACCGACGGGCUGAACGGAGACUUGGUUUCCGUGGUGACCGACUCCUGCUGGGCGACCGACAACCAGAUGUCCAACAGCACUCCCAAAUACGACCUGAUCAUGGACGGAUGUGCGAAUCCCGAUGAUCAGACGGUGUACGUUGGGGGAAACGGGGAAGGAACCUCCAACUACUUCUCCUUCAACAUGUUCCGGUUCUCUCGGAGCACCGGGGAAGUCUACCUUCACUGCAAACUGCAGCUGUGUGCUAAAAAGAACAACUGUGUGCCGGCUUGUUCCCGUGGAGUUAGAAGACGCAGGUCUGCCAAAUACAGAGAUGAAGCCCCCGCUUUCCUCAGCAUGGGCUGGAGCCAUUAGGUGGUUACCUUGGUGACAUGGACUAACCAAUGGGCUGACGACUUCAAUGAAGAUGAGACCAAACUAUCGUUUCCUGAUGAUCUUUGGUUUUGAACGAUGAGUUGGUGAAGGGAAGUUAAUUUAGUAAAUCAAUAGUAAAUGUUCUUAAUGUUUGUUUGUUAGCCGUCAAAUUAUAUCUUAAUUUCAAUAUAAAUACUAGGUUUCAUGAAAUUACAGACUUUGAUUUAAAGCCUUUUUGGUGGUGGUGUUUGCAGGAAUUCCUUCAACAACAGUACAAAGGAUUUUUAAUGAUUUUUAAUCAGUUAUUUUCUUGCUCUGAUGUUAAAAAAACAAACAAAAAAA